AUGAAGCUCCAGAACUUUGUAGGCAUAAUACUAGGUAUAAUUAUAUUUUCAUUGAUCUUUAUGUAUUUUCAUAAAGAAAAACAACCACAAUCGAAGCCCAUUACGGUUUUAACAAUGAACUCUGAAGUUGUAGAAAACUAUAAGUGGAGUGACAUUUAUGCUGCGUUAAAAGAAAAAAACAAAGGUUAUCAGAAUGAAAAAAUCGUAAGAUUAUUUUAUUACGCGUCGCUUAUUUUUAAACAGGCUGCAAAAACUAAUGAAUUCGACGUUUUUACUUUUUUUGUUAGACGAGGAAGUAGAGUAAAACAAAUAUUUGGAUUUGGUGAAUUAUUUAAAGAAUGUCUUGAGAAAAAUCCCUUCACUGAAAGUGAACCGGGGACUACAAGUGAUAUGUAUAGUUUUGGUGUCGAAUUGAAUGAUAAAGGUGAAUUUAUUAUAGAUUUACCUACUAAAAGAUACCAUCUCACUAAAUUUAACAUGUCUAAGUUUUCUAAAAUAUUUGAGAGAUUUAAAAAUUUAUUUGACGAAAAUGUUCAAAAACUUCUGUGUGAAAAAACUAUACUCGAUAAAUAUCAUAAUAUAAAUUAUUCAGUCAUUGAUGUUCUAGGCGGAUACUUUAUAUACAAAAAGUAUGAAAAUCAAUAA